CGGGUAGCGUAACUUUGCGUGCGCGCUCAUCUCAGAAAUCUCUUUCGCACACGCGCUAACGUAAGAGGAGAGUCGGAAAAAUGGUGGCCAGCGUCCGGGUACUGAAGCUCCUCCGACGAUACAAACUAGCGAUUGCCGCCGCGCUAACGCUUCUGCUGAUUCAAGGACUCGUCUCCUGGAGCCUGAGUCUUGAAGAGAGCGACGCAGAGAGGAAGACCCGGAGGUCAAAGCUCCCCGACCACAACAGCCAGGACCCGAAGCGCGACGCGGCGUCCUGGGAGCUCCAGAACAGCCUAUCAGGACGCAGCGGAGCCCGAUGGAACGCUCGCGUGGAGAGGACGGGCGCCACGGCCGCCAGCGCCCUCCGCCGCGGGGGCACCGCCAAGCGCCGGGGCAAGCCCCCCCUGCAGGGGCGGGGCAACAACAGCCCCCUGUGGCCCGGGGUGGGGGCGGCGGCGGGGUCAGAGGGCGUGGGCCGCCCCCAUGACCCCUCCAGCAGCAGGAAUGCCAGUGACCCCCGAGGGGGGGCCGGGGGACUUGCUCUCCCCCCUGGGGACCCUGGCAGUGUGGAGGGGGCACCCCAGGGGGCACCCCAGCCCCCCAGCAGUGACUUUGUGCGUAAGUGUGACAUCACGGGAAAAGACGCUGUGUCGGCGCUGCACCGAGCCGGGAGCAGGGCGUGUCGGCAGGAGAUCGCUGACAUCGUCUGUCAGCAUCAGGCAGGGCUGCUCAUGCCCCAGAGCAUGCCCCAGUUCUGCCCCCAGCACGGCCUGUCCAUUCCGGUGCAGCAGGCAGGGGAGGAGUUAGAUAACGACCUGUCUAAGGUAGAGAACCCUGUGAGGAUUGCGUUCGUCCUGGUUGUUCACGGGCGUGCUGUGCGCCAGCUGAAACGCCUCCUGAAGGCCAUCUACCACCGAGACCACUACUACUACAUCCACGUGGACAAGCGCUCCAACUACCUGCACCGGGAGGUGGAGCAGCUGGCCCAGCAGUACCCUAACGUGCGUGCCACGCCCUGGCGCAUGGUGACCAUCUGGGGCGGAGCCAGCCUGCUGAAGGCCUACUUGAAGAGCAUGCAGGACCUGCUGCACAUGCAGGACUGGAACUGGGACUUCUACAUCAACCUGAGCGCCACUGACUUCCCCACCAGGACCAACGAUGAGCUGGUGGUGUUCCUGUCACAGCACAGAGACAAGAACUUCCUCAAGUCACAUGGCAGAGAGAACGCCAGGUUUAUAAAGAAGCAGGGUUUGGACCGUCUCUUCCAUGAGUGUGACAACCACAUGUGGCGUCUGGGGGAGCGCUCCAUCCCCGAGGGGCUGGAGGUGUCCGGGGGAUCGGAUUGGUUCGCGCUCACGCGGCGCUUCGUGGAUUAUGUCAUCACCUCGCAGGAUGAGCUGGUGGCCGGCCUCAAGCAGUUCUACACCUACGCACUGCUGCCAGCGGAGUCCUUCUUCCACACAGUGCUGGGUAACAGUCACCUGUGUGAGAGCAUGGUGGACAACAACCUGCGUGUGACCAACUGGAACAGGAAGCUGGGCUGUAAGUGUCAGUACAAGCACAUCGUGGACUGGUGCGGAUGCUCUCCCAACGACUUCAAGCCCCAGGACCUCAUCAGGAUCCAGCAGCUGACCCGGCCCACCUUCUUCGCCAGGAAGUUUGAGUCGACGGUGAACCAGGAAGCGAUGGACAUCCUGGACGCCCACCUGUACGGCCACUACGCCCCCGGCACGCUGGCCCUGCAGGCCUACUGGGAGAGUCUGCACGAGGGGGCCGACGGCUCGGCCGCCCUCAGCGACGUGGCGCUCACCGCCUACGCCUCCUUCCUCCGCCUCGGCCUCCGCAGCCUGGAGACGGCCAAUAGCAAGAUGGAGGGCUGCAGGUACAAGCCCAUUGGCUACCCCGUAUCCGUGCACGUGUACUUCUUUGACGACCGUUUCCAGGGUUACCUGGUGCGUCAGGAGGUGAAGGCGGUGGGGUCGGAGGUCAGAGAGGUGCUGGAGGUAUGGGCCGUUCCCCAGGCAACGCUGCUGCUUGACAACAACCUCAGGGAGUUUGAGAGACUGAAGAUCCUGGAGAUCGGUACCGAGUGGGACCCCAAGGAGAGAAUCUUCCGGAACUUCGGCGGCAUCGUGGGCCCCCUGGACGAGCCGGUGGCGGUCCAGAAGUGGGCGCGAGGCCCCAACCUCACGGCCACCAUCGUGUGGAUCGACCCGGCGCACGUGGUGGCGGCGUCCUACGACGUGAGCGUGGACGUGGACGCAGAGUACACGCAGUACAAGCCGCCGCUGCAGCGCCCCCUGCGGCCCGGAGGAUGGACGGUGCGCGUGCUCAGGCAGUGGGAGCGCGUGGCCGAAACCCGCUUCCUGGUCACGCCCCUGGUCUUCCGGGGGCGUGAGCCUCUACGAGGAGAAGAGGACAGCUGGCUCCACCAGGGCCCUCCUGGUAACCUGUACCUGGACCAGGGCUUCCAGCAGCUGGGCUCCAUCCUCCACCUCCCCCCCCAGGAGCCCGCGCUCCACGAGGCCCAGCGCCGGGCCCUGCUGGUGGGCAAGCCCCUGGAGGCCUGGGUGGACUCCUCCGUGGGGGCCUUCUGGGUGGUGGGAGGCCUGUGUGCCCCCCAGCCCUCGUCGCUGUGCCCCGCUCUGGGCCUCUGCUCCAAGGCCUCCUGGAGUUCGCUGUCCCCAGACCCCAAGUCUGAACUGGGCCCCGUCAAGGCUGACGGACGGAUCAGGUAGCCCCUGGAGAGGGUGGACUAGGUGGUUUAGGCCUCCCCCACACACACACACACACACACACACUCUGCUGGAAAUUUGCACAUAAAGACUGCGUCCAAACCGUCCCAGACGUCGCCGUGACUGUGCGGGUGUCGCUCCACGUGUCGUAAGGAUUAUUUCUGUCGUCCAUUUUUACUAUUCCAGUUUGUUUUCACAUCGACGCCCCGACGACACGUUGUCAUCGGAGGUCAGGACACGGAGAAGGUCACAGACUCCUUAUGGAACAUGUUUGAACUUUGAACUCUAGUUUAGUCUGUGCUCCGUUUGGUGUUUGCAAAAUUGAGUCUCCUUUGCCCCGCCCAACCUCCACUGGUGACUCGAGGAGGAGGAGGAGGAGGAGGAGGAAGAGGGUUCCUCUGAACUAAACUACCAUGCUUAUUUUGAAGCAUGUUUUAAGAGCAAGUAGAAGUGCACUUUACUGUAUGGCUGUAAGGUUACUCAAGGGUCAGGGGUCAGCUGGGUUGUCCAAUCAGGAGAAGGGUCAAAGGUCAGAGCUGAGAUGCCCUUGUCUGGCCGUUCUGCUGUUAGUGAGGAAGAGAUGGGGAGAGAGAAGGAGAGAGAGAGAGGUUCCUCCUCUCUGAAGAUUGGUUUACUGUGACGUAUCAUUAUCAUAUGAAUGUGUGUCUGUUUGGGUGUUUUGCUUCAUGAACUAGCUCCGACGCGGGUUCGAUUUGUCUUCCUGGAGCGAAAGACGGUGUGGACCAGAACCCCUUCCACCCGGGUCCUGAGUGAGGGGGGAGCCUGCAGCGCUGUCUUAUCUAACACAUCACAUCAUAUAAACGGUGUGGCUCGUCUGUGCUCAAGAAUCAACCAAACAGCGUGACCAAAAACUGAAAGCAAGGCUGUCUGUAUUGAGCCCCCGGACUUCCUGUAUUGAGCCCCCAGACUUCCUGUUUGGGCUUGGAGGACGUGGGCUCAGUCAGACUGGUACCAAGCCUUGUUCUGCACCUCCAACAUGGUGUUUCUGGUCAGGUGGGAUGUUGUGGUGUUUCUCUGUACAGACAGCUGAUGGUUGUUUUAAAGCGUAUUUUCUUAGAUCAAGUGUUUCUUUACAAAACACGAAAGAAAACAAACAAAACACCUCAAGAUAUUUAUAAUGAAUACUGAUAUUAUCUUCAGGAAUAUUAUAAUAAUCUAUUUGGCGAACAGUGGCUUAUGAAUUUAGAAUGUUCCACAAACAGUCAUUUUUGCCACCACUGUUUUAAUGUUAAAAGUAGUUUAACACCCUGCCUCGAGGCUUGCAGUCCCUCAUUCAGUCACCUGGUCACCUGUUUGUAGUCAUGUGGACGUCUACAAGAUGAUGCGUUUCCUGUUUGAGGAUGUGUGUAGAAUGAGGAGUUUGAUCCUCUUGAAAGGUUUCGCUAGCCUAGCAGAGAUUCUUAUGCUGCCUUUUCUUAAAUGUGGAAAUGAUGACAUGAUGGUAAUUGGAUGGUUAUAUGAUUGGUAUGAACCACACCUUCACUUUGCUUCAUGAGGUGUGCAAUUAUUGCCUUUUUAGACAAUUCAGAAAAUGACUUCCUGAUACAAGUAUUUGUUUUGUUAUGUUGUAAUAACAUGUUGUGGGUUUUGUUUUUUUUAUUAGUUUUUCUUCUUCAAUCCGCCCCGAUUGGUUUCUUAAGUGACCUUGUCUUGGUCACACGCCUGCUCGAGAGACGUCCUGGGUUAGGAAGACCAGAGGCACAGAUGGAAACAUUCACAUUUAGGAAAUAUUGAUAUUUUUAUAAUUUCAUGGAGAAACAAAAACAUGGUUUGUGGAGUAGCGUUCUGUCAAAUCAUUCAGAAACAUGACAUGCAGCCCCGCAUGAUGCCUGCUGUUGUAAAGACGACUGUGUAUGAAGGCGUCCAUCCUGCUCUCUGUCUGGAGGAACAUGAGACGUCAGCUGAUGAUCCAGACAGCUCUGGGACAACUGUCUGGCGGCCAUCUUGGGUGUUCCAGAAUAACAAAGUGUUCCGUGUUCUAAUUCUCCGAUGUCUCUGGGGCUGUGGUGACUCACCAUGAAGUAGAAACUGUCUUUCUCUGCCCUUCUCUUCAUCCCGCUCUCUUUCUAUCCCUCCCUUCCUCUCUCCAUCUCUUGUUGUUCAUCCCUUUCCCCCCUCCCUCUGUUUCUUGUCUUUCUUUCACGUUAUCUCCCUCUCUUCAUGUCCAUCAGUUUGUGUCUCCUUCUUGAGCACCAGGAAGAGGUCUCCACAACAGAGAUCCAUAACUAAUCAGAGGCCGAUGGAAAAGCUGACAGAAACAUUGACUGGUGGUGCAAUAAACAACAAACCGUUGGGUAAACUAG